UGCUCUGAGUGCUGAGUUUAAAAGAGCUUGCUCAGCCUCAUGUACGCUCAGUGGGCUUCCAGGCACAUGAGGCACAGUGGCUGAGUAACAACAAAGGAAAAGGGGGGAAAAAACCCACAAGGGAUCUUAGUGGCUGUGGAACAUCUGAUUUACUUCAAAAUAAUCUGAUUACAUGCAGAGACAGACUAACAUACACCAGCAUUAAACAUCAGAAUGUAUGUGCCCGGGGCCGUGUUGGCCCUCUGCCUGCCCUGCUUUUUGAGUGGGAACGUGUUUGGUUAUGAAUAUGGAGAGGAUUACUCUGAUUCCUACUAUAAUGAAAUCUCCAAUGGUGACCGCCUGAAAAGAGCUACGCAGAUUCCCUGUCCGCCGCAAGACUUCUCACGCUGGGACAAACUGUUCAUCAUGCUGGAGGACUCUCAGAUGAAGCAAGACAUGUUCUUGCAGCAGUGUGAGGACAUGGUUAAGGCGGAGAUGGACACCAUACGGAAGGAGCUCCAUAAGCUUAACAACAACAAAGCGUGCGUCCAGCUCAGAGAGGCUGCAGAUACGUAUCAAGCCCAAAACAAUGAGACGUUGCAGCAGCUCAUUCAGUUCAGCAGGAACCAGGCCUCCCGUCUCACCAAACUGGAGAGCAACUCACUGCUAGGAGCAAGUCUGGGGCAAGUGGCCAUGAAGUCAUUCUCUGCUUAUCCAAAGGAACAAGAAGCAAGCAAUGCAGAUGGCGGGAAGCUGGAGAGAGCGCUAAUGGCCACCGCUGCAGAUCUCCAAAGGGUACAUGUCCAGCUGGCCCUUUUCCAAAGAGCAACGGCACACCGUUAUCUGCCCUCAGGCUGUGAAAUGGCUUUAUUAUUCCCAAUGCGCUCCAAGCAUAUCUUUGCAGAGGUAUCACCCUCCAUGUCCAUGUCCCUACGAUCAUUCACCAUCUGUCUGUGGGCCAAAGUGACUCAGUCUCUAAAUAAAACAGUGCUUUUCUCUUACGGACCCAAAAAAAACCCUCAAGAGCUCCAGCUUCUCUUGGCAAGGCGCUCGGUGCUCCUCACGGUGGGCGGUGAGACCCAUCUAGUGGAAGCCCACAGCGUAGUAACAGAUGGCCAGUGGGGACACUUCUGUGCAGCUUGGAGCUCGGAGCAGGGGCUUGCCACUUUAUGGGCAAAUGGAGAGAACGUUGCCAGAGUGCCUGGAGUAGCCGAGGGACACGUAUUGUCCGGUGACGGCUUCAUUCUGCUCGGGCAAGAGCGCAGCCGCUCGGGUGUCUACAGAGAUCUGGAUUCAUCAGUUGCCUUCACUGGAAAAAUGACAGGGGUUAACAUGUGGGACCACGUGCUGGAAGCAGAAAGGAUUAAAGAGUACGCCAAUCACGAUGGAUCCUGUGAUUGCCGUGGGAAUGUGAUUGGAUGGGGUGUUUCAGAGAUCAUUCCACAUGGUGGCGCUCAAUAUAUCAACUGAGACUGCACCAAUAAUAUCUAUCGCUAUAGAAUGUUUUAUAUUAUAUUGAAUAUUAUCACUGAUUUUGUAAUUACCUUCUUUCUCAUUCCAAAUAGAAAGCACUACUUAAUAAAGGGAUAAUUGAUCCAAAAUAAAUUUCUGUUAUUGUUUACUCUGUCAUUGAUACACAGGGCAACUUUUUGAGCAAUGUUGCGGGACAAUUUUGCCGAGCGAUGUUGCUUGGGCACUUUCCCAUUGAGAAUAGGCAACAAAUUUGGAUACUUUAAGAUUGAAAUGUGUUGCCCAUUCUCAAUGGGAAAGCGCCCAAGCAACAUCGCUCAGCAAAACUGCCCGGCAACAUUAUGACUUUGUGACUUCUGUGGAGCACAAAAAAAAAAGAUACUUUGUGUUUUUGUCUAUACAUUGAAAGUCAAUUGGGUGCAAUGGACUUUCACUGUAUAGCAAAAACAGCUGAAAUAAUCUUCAAAACAUAUUAUUUACUACAGAGCCCCUAAGGUACGGAGCCCCUAAAGGGACAUGGUGGUGGAAAAAAAUAUGAGAUAAGAGGAAAAAUAAUAAGUCAACCCAAAGUUUCUCAGGAGAACACAAAACAUUUGCACGAGAACGCAAAAGCAUUGCCAAAUAAUUUUUCCUCCCAUCUCAUAUUUUUCUUCUUCACCAUGUCCCUUUAGGGGCUCCGUAAUACGGAGGGUGAGUAAAUGAAGACUGAAUUUUUAUUUUUGGAUGACCUCUCCUUAAAACACUGUACAAAAAACCAAUAAGAAUAGUUUAAUAUUGUGUCUUCUUUUUUUAUUUUAGCACAUUAAGGAGUAAAUCAUCAACAUGUAAAUAAAUUCAUAAAAUGAGUAAAAAGCUAAUAAAUUCUAGCGGUGUAGCUCGCUGAGUGUAAUUAAUGGACUACAAAUAGCAGAACUGCUUCUCUGUUGUACUAAAUUUACAUUUUAAUGACUUAAGGUGGGGCAAGUCUGGAUUUAUUUACAGCACCGUGCUGGACAUGACUGUUUACACUGUUCACCAGUAACUCGAAACAGAUUUUCCCGCUCUUGUAGUCUAAUUUACAAUGUUUGUGUGGCUCAUUGCUGCAUAGGUGUUGCUCUAAUAUGACUAUUGCCAGUCUGACCACAAAUAAUAUAAAAUGAACCCAAACAAGGCGUGUGCUUAAACCAUAGAGACAGUAACUCUGAAAUGACACCCACAUGUGUAUGUGUAAUGAUGAUUACAAAGAGCAAUAUUUUCCAGUGGUGUGUGAAACAAAGGGUCAGAAUAGCCCUUUAUGUUGGAUGACACACCUAACUUUGUUUCACGAAGGCCUAACACAUCAAUAGAAAUGACUGUUUAUAUAUAUAAAAAAGUUGAUGCAAUGUAUUCACCUGCUGUUUCUGCAUUAUAAUUCAGUUUAAAUGUGUUGCUAUUGAUCCUAAAGGUUUUGUAACAUGACAAUUGUAGUUUUAAAAGAAAGAAUUUUUUGAGUUUAACGUACUGUAUCUCAAACAAUGUUCAUAAAAGACGUACAUUUA